UCUCUCGUUUCGACUCGUAGAGUUUUCAGUUAAACUGAAGGGGUUUUUCUGCACAACUGCUACAUGAAACAAGGUAAGUAAAAUAGUAUCAUUAUUAUCAUUUUUAAUUUUUUUUCUGUUCAACGACAAUUCGAGUCCUAGUAAAGCUAUUAAAAGAUGGACUCGAGAGUUUUUCCUGUCAUCAAAGCAUUUCAAAAUGUUUUUUGAGUUCCGGAGAGAAAGGCGACUAUUAUCAAACGCCCUUAUUAUUUUAUUGGAUGGAUGUUUUAUAUUCAAUAAAUUCGUUAUCGUAUCUUUGAGCCUGUAUUUACUUAUGUUCUCUAACAGCUCUCGGUGUAAAACAGACCAAACGUAUAAGUUAUUGUCUCAGAAGUAAAUGUAUAGUAACUACAUUUUUGCGUCACACUAUCCCGUUCUGUUGUCGUGUUUCACAAGCCCAUACAACCGUACUCGUUUCGAGAUACAUAGGUGCUGUUUUGAAAUUGAAAUGAUUUCUUUUGUAAACUCUUUUCGGGGCUAGAUUAGAUUUUAGAGUACAUUUCGUUUAACAGAAAAACAAUUUCUGUACUGGGCCACAUCGGAAGGAAGCCAAAGGUUAAAUAGUUCCCUUUAUCUUAAAUUAUUUUAUUUUUCAAUUACAUACCAUGCAUCCGUAGGUCGGGGCUUCAUUUCCCUUGGGUUUGUUGUUGUUGUUCCAUUAAAAUUGCUAUUAAGACAGCAACUUGUAGAUCCUUGUAAAGGAUACGAUGAGAUAUAAUAAUUUAAAGAUUCUGAAAAGUGGCUUACCCUAAAAGAGCGCCGGAAAUUCCUUUCGGAACAAUCAAUGGUAUCACAAUCUCGCCUUGUAUACAUUAGUCUUACAUCAGUGACAUAGCUGCAAUUUGUGACAGCCCACAGAGAAUAAUGAUCAUUUCUGUCUAAAUGCUCACCAAUAAUGAUUGCGCUCGCUCGUUUGUUCUUUGCUGUCGCUGUUAGUCGUAUGAACUUCUUGAGAAUUGUACUUUUCAGUUAAAAGCAUUCGACAUUCGUACGAACUGUAAACACCCAGUUACAUUACGUUAUGCAAUACGAGCAGGGAAGACAAAAGACCUCUUCCAAAACAAUGGGAAGACUGAAAAAAAAAUUACAUUGUCGCUUUAAGUAGUUUGUUGUACAAAAUCGCGGCAGGAAUGUUCCGUCCCAAUGCCUAACACUGUUAUAGAACGACAUACACCUUCCAAACGUUGGUGCUAGAGUUCUUUUUGUUGUUUCUUUGUUUGUUUGCUUGCUUGUGUUUUUUAUUGCUGAUGGUUCGGCAACGUGAAGGUUUUUUUUUUUUUUUUUUUUACCAAACCGAUAUUUUUGAGAAUGUACACACAGUAGCACAAUAGGACCACGGUAACUCGAACUCCCCGCUAACUCGAACUAAGUCCCAUUUUCCUUGGAUUUCACUCUUCUUUUCACUGUUUUCAGUCACUUUUACUCGGAAAACUCGAAUUCUUCGCUAAUUCGAACUAAAUUUCGUUUCCCUUUAUCAAAGUUUCACUGAAAUUUACCCCAAUAACCCAGAUUCUGCUGGUUCUUGAAACUCACCACGACGGCCAUCCCUAUAGCGUCUCUUUUCGUGCAAUCGGUAAAACAUGCUAAAACUAACACCACACACUGAGUUUGUUUUAAAUAAGUGCAACGAACAGAUCACGUAUCCUAAACGUGUUUUAAUUUCUCAUGACAUAAAUUUAAUUUGCACUCUGCUACCCGCUAACUCGAACUCUUUUUCGUGUCCCUUCAGACUUCUAGUUACCUGGGUCCCACCAGCUGUAUACCUGGAUUUUUGAAAACAGGAUGAGCAAAAAAAUCAACUCAUUCUACUAUUUGGCAUUUGAAACAAAAUCAACAACAAAUCAUUCAACGGCCGAUUAAAAGCCUUUAUCUGACGCCGGACAGUAAGUUACAGCACACACCCUUUAGGGAGGGAGGGAGGGGGGAGUCAAAAAUUCCCCCUACAGCCUUUUCUACACAAGUCCCUAAUCACGACGCAACCAAAGAAAAAAAAUCGACAUAAGAAAACAACACAGUAAAAAAGAUAAGACAGGAAAAGUGAAGAGAAAUUACAAACUGUUUCCCAACCCGAUUUUCACAAACCCAGGUAGACAUGUAUGUAAAAAACUGUAUCCUUUUCAUAUACUCUUGUAAAGACUUAGUCAUAUGUAUUCUUAUGGCCCAUAUCAGUAUAGAAAGAACUUCACCGACGCUAUUUCUUCUUCACGAGAAAGAGAUUUAUCUCAAUUUACGAACGUUUUGAAUACUUGUAACCUUCCUCUGUUUAUUUCUUUUUAAAGACCGAAAAUUAUGUCCAGUGUUUUGCUCCUUUACACGCAAGCCGAUCAACAUCGCAGCCAAGAACUGAAAGAUUUCCUGAAAACAAAGCUGGGAUCCUUAGCGAGUGUCAUUACCGCACGUGACGUUUUGGGAAACGAUUCCACGGUUGAGGAUGAGUUGUUCCAAAGCACGUGUAUCCUGAUCGUGUACACUCAAGACAGCGAAAAGCAUCUGCAAGAAGGCGCCUUCGAUUUCGAUGCUGAAUACGUAGUGUUCGAUGGCAGUAUAAUCAAAGCUUUUCUCGAAGAAGAGGAAGUUGUUCACCGAGUUGUCGCUGUUCACUAUGGAUGGAGACCAGAAAAGUGGCUCUAUGAUCGAUUGCCAAAACGAAUUUUUCAUGUAAGUGAGACGCUGGAGUUGGAAAGUAAUCCAAAGGUUUCUCAAAUUGUGGAUACAAUCAAAGGGAUUGUUAAGAAAAAGAAAUAAUCCGGGAUAUUUUUGUCAAAGUGAUCCACCGUAACCGUAAAGCCGUAACAACUAGAUUUUAAACAAUGAACUGAAUGGUUUGAACGAAACAUGAUAUUAACCAAUGAUUAGCCUUCGUUGCUGGCGGUAUCGUGUGCUAAAUCUGUUAAAACAUCACUACCACCAUUUCUGCUAGUUUGGUGAAAGGGGUAAAAAUAUUUUUCUCCGGACAAUUAAAUGGUUAGUUUUGACAUACGCUCCACGGAUUAAUCAAGGUAUACACACUACACGGAACAGAAAAGAUGAGUGGCU